AGUCAAGACCCAAGAUCGGUUUAUAUGGCAGCUAUAUCAAAACAUGGACCGAUAUGGCCCAUUUACAAUGCCAUCCGACCUACACUAAUAAGAAGUAUUUGUGCAAAAUUUCAAGCGGAUAGCUUUACUCCUUCGGAAGUUUGCGUGCUUUCGACAGACUGACGGAUGGACGGACAGACGGACGGACAUGGCUAGAUCGACAUAAAAUGUCGCGACGAUCAGACGAAUAUUUCGAGUAGUUACAAACCGAAUGACGAAAUUAGUAUACCCCCCAUCCUAUGGUGAAGGUUAUAAAAAAGCCACUGGUUGCAGUACUCUGUUGCGGACACGCUCCUCAGUUAAAAUAGGAAAGAACCUCUCCAAACCAUUCAAUAUCAAACGUGGUUUGGCAAGGAGAUAACCUAUCGUGUGAUCUCUUUAGUAUCCUGCUGGAGAAGAUUAUACUAAAUAGAAGCAGGUAUACUAGUUACAAGAGAACAUACGACUCGCCUAUGGGUCGGACACCGAAAGAAGCAAAUGCAGCCUUUGAAAGUAUCAAAAGAGAAUCAAUGAAAGUGGGUAUGGCAGUAAAUGUAUUGUAUACGAUAUGAUAAUAAUAGAUACGACAAAGUGGAUGAUAUCAACUCCCUAUAAACCCGAAAAUGGAAAAAGUUCUGAGAGACAAUGGAGGAUAAUGUUGGGAUUGUCAGCAACUUUAUCACCAGUUAUGAAAUAUAACGAAGGAUAAUAUUGGCUUGCAGAUGCUAUAUUUAAUUAACCAUGCAUAUGAGGAGCAAAUCCACCACACAAGAUACUGAUACUACCCGUGCUGUUGUAUGGCUGCGAAGCAUGGGUACUUGCGAAAGCAGAUGAGGCGCUACUUUAACUGUUUGAGAGAAAAAUCCUGCGUAAAAUAUAUGGAUCAGUCAGCGUUAAUCGAGAAUAUAGGUGUCGUAUGAACCACAAGCUGUAUGAUGACGAUAGCAUAGUUAAAUGCACCAAAAUACAACGGUUGCGUUUGAUAGAUCCUGUUGUCUGAAUGAAUGAAAAUGCUCCAGCAAAGGUAUUUAAAUGCGACCAUAGUAGAAUACGCAAAAGGGGAAGACCAAAACUCCGACCAAUUGGACAGCAAUGUCUCGAAACUGGGUGUCAGAGAUUGGAGAAAAAUCGCAGAAAAUGGCGCUUGGACAUAUAUAUUGCACGUUUGGCUAGAGGAAUAAAUUUUUUGUAAUGGCCAACUAAACUGAGACUUCCAUCAAAAGUUGAAGACAUGCUCAAAGUCGGAUUUAUGGUUGAUUGUAAAUUUAUUGUUGGACCCAACCCAGAAAAGGCUGAAAUAAUAUUCGGACACAAAUGGAUGUUUGCGGUAGAAUCCCCUGUGUUCGAGAGAAUGUUCUGUGGCGACUUUAUGGAAGCAAAAAAUUCAACGGAAAUACGUCUACCGGAUGAUGAUCCCAAUGCUUUCAGAAAUUUACGCCGUCUACUAUAUUACAUUCGAGAAGCUCGUGUAGAUGCUCUUAAUCUGGAGGAUACAAUUGGAUUGUACAAACUUUGUGAUAAAUAUAUGUUUGCAUCAAUUAUAAAAUUGUGCUCAGAACACUUACAGAACUUUUUAGUUGAUAUUGAUGAUGCCGGACUUAUAAUAAUAUUUGCAGCUGCUAUUGAACUUAGAAAUGAACCACUCUUAGAGGGCGUAAAGGAGAAACUCAAGUCACGCUUAUAUCCACUGAUUGCAGAGAUUAACGAACUAAAUAAAAUACAUUUUAUGGAAUACACUCAGCUCUACAUAGAAACAAACUCGGAGAAUACAGAUCAUUUGGCUUUGUUUAAUGCAAUAGAAAAAUAUUUGACACAACAUAAUUUAAUACCACAACCUCUAAAAGAAGCGGGUCAUUAUCCUGUGAUUAGCAAAGCGCUAUUUGGUCAAGAAGCCGUUGCACUAAUCAGCGAAGAGAGAAAGCCGGAAUUAUUGGAACGCCUCAUUGCUUGCGUCGAUUUUGCCAAAAUUUCAACUGAAAAUUUUCUAGCUGGGCCGGGUAUAUCAAAAUUACUUACUUGGCAACAAAAGUAUUUUAUCCUUUCACAACUGUGCUCGGGUGAACCAAAACCAUCAACUAUUAAACUAUUUCAAAAUAUUACAGAGCCUAAUACAAUUUAGUAAGAUCUAAUUAUAACCUUAUAAUUAUGAAGUAAUCAAAAAUAAAUUAUUUUAUUUAGGAA